AUGAAUUUUGAUGAUUUGCUUGGAAAGCAGCGUAAAUCUGAACCUAGAGUGGUUCUUAUAAUUCGUAUAUUCACGUUAUUUAUAAUUUCCUCAUGCAUAAUUGCGUACAUCAUAAUUUUAAUCAAAGAAGUUAUAAAUGAAAUUCCUGCGAUUAAAACCUCGGAAGUUACUGUGGAUUCACUAGCAAUUCCCGAUAUCGUGUUUUCUUUUGGCUAUACUUUUCAAGUUUAUUGCUAUUUUGUAUGGACUAUUAAUGGAUUUUAUUCUAGAAAUGAAACUGAUCGUUGUACACAGUAUAUAACUUUUCCAAAAUAUAUUGAAGGGGAAUAUAGUGGAUAUUUUUCUUUAAAUGAUCAAUCGCAGUAUUUUCAUUCCAUGAAACUUAAACAAAAUGAAGAACGGUUAGAUUAUUUGACAUUUUUAAUAAUUGUUGACGACCCAAAUUUUAAUGUUUCUAUGGUAAGCUUUUCUACCCUACCGCCUUACUCGGUUAUUUUUGAUUCAGAAGGAAUUUUUACCGGCGAAAAAGAAGCUAAUUAUUAUAGUUAUAUGGUCAUUAAACCAAGUUCGUUUAUAAGUUAUAUUGAAACCGAACAGAGAUCUAGCACGUACAUGGGAAUUUUUGGAGUUAUAGACGGUGCAUGGGGUUUGGUUGUGGCAUUUUAUGCCUUUCUAUUUGGCGCGUCAUUAAUCCAUCCGUGGGGUAUUAUACAGAAAUAUUGUUGUGGAAUUAAACCAAUAACACAGAGCAAGUUAAGAGAAUCGUUGUCUAUUUUACCGUUAACUGAUUCCUCGUUAUUGGAUGACAAGGAUAAAGUAGAAGAAGUUUCCGUAGAAGAAUUUAAUCGGAUGAAAGAAAAGUUGAAAUCCUUAGAAAUUUUAUUAAGAGAAUAUGUUAUAGAUGUAAAGUUUCUACAAAGUAUUGAUAAUGUUAAUAUUACAUAUAUGGCAAUUUUAAUCAAUGAUGUAAAAAGGGAAAUUCCUGCAAUAAAAACUUCGGAAGUUACGGUGGACUCACUCGCAAUUCCCGAUGUCCUAAUUUCAUUUGAUCGUCCUUUUCAUAUUUAUUGUACUUUCGUAUGGAAUAUUAAUGGAUUUUAUUCUAGAAAUGAUAGCGAAUCUUGCAUGAAAUACAUCACUCAACCAACAUAUAUUGGAAAAUUAUAUACUGGAUAUUUUUCUUUAAAUGAUCAAUCACAGUACUUUACUCCCAUUAAAACAGAUAAAGAAUGUUUUGAAUCUUUGGCAAUUGUGGUUAUUAAUGAUGAUCCAAAUUUUAUUAAUAAACCAUCACUUUCUUCAAUAAUACCUUUCGCAAUAAUUUUCGAUUCAGAGAAUAAUCCUAUUAAAUUAUCAGACGGUACAUUAGACUUAUCAAAGACAAAUAUGUCUCAAUCGACAAUUGAUGAAAACGAGUUAUUAUUGAAUAAUGUGUUUGCAUUGGCAGAUAGAAUGUUCUCUUUAGUGAAUUUUACGAAAUAUAUAAAAAGAAGUAUAAUUCCAAGUUGGAUAAGUGAUAUUGGAUUAUUUUUCAAUCACAAAGAAAGUGCUUAUAUUAAAGCAAAGUUUAUUCAGGGAGUUUUUGUUGCUGAAAGCGAACGUUUAAGUGGAAUUAAAGUUAAACCCGAUUCCUUUAUUAAUCAUAUUGAAACCGAACAAAUAACUAGUACGUACUUGGGUAUGAUUGGAGUUAUAGGCGGUGCUUGGGGACUAGUCGUGGCAUUUUAUGCUUUUCUCUUUGGCGCAUCAUCAAUCCAUCCGUGGGGUUUUAUACAAUCACAUUGUUAUGGAAUUAAACCAAAAACUCAAAGCAAAUUAAGAGAAUCAUUAUCUAUUUUGCCAUUAACUGACUCUUCCUUACAUAGUACAACAAACGAGAUCUCUGUGGAAGAAAGAUUGAGAUCUUUAGAAAUUUUAUUAAGAGAAUAUGUUAUUGAUGUAGAAUACUUGCAAAGAAUUGAAAAUAAAAUUCAAGUUAGAAAGGAUAUUGAAUCUUGUACGCAAUACAUAGUUUCUCCAAGAUAUCUUAAAGGAACAUACAGAGGAUAUUUUUCUUUAAACGAUCAAUCAUAUUUGUUUGCUUUCUCGAAACAAAAUGAAGAACGGUUAGAUUCUUUGGUACUAACGAUCCUAGUUGAUGAUCCAAAAAAUAACCCUAUCAAGUUAUCAGAUGGUACAUUAGAUUUAUCAAUGUUGAACAUUUCUCGAAUCAUUUAUGAACGGGAGUUAACUGAUAAUUGUAUUAUUCCAAGUUGGAAAAAUAAUUUUGGAAUGUUUUUAAAUUAUAAAGAAAGUGUUUACAUUAAAACAAAGUUGGAUCGUAAAGACAUAUCAUAUCCUAUUGAUGGAAUCCCAGAUGAUCUUUAUUUUAGUAUUGCUUUUUUUAGACCAAAUUCAUUUAUUGAUAUUAUUGAAGUUGAACAAAGUAUGAUAAAAGAAAUUUCUUUGGAAGAAAAAUUGAAAUCUUUAGAAAUUUUAUUAAGGGAAUAUGUUAUUGAUAUAAAGUAUCUACAAAGCAUUGAGAACAGUGAGAUUAGAACAGAAAAUAACCAAAAUGA